AUGGUGGCCAUCCAUCUGAGGAACCCACCAACCAUUUGCAGAGGUUCAACCAACUGUGUGGCCUUUCUAGAAGAAUUCUUUCCACCCACCAAGACUGCUGAAAUAAGGCAUAAGCUGACUACAUUCACCCAAGAACCUGGUGAAUCACUUCGAGAAGCCUGGGAUAGAUUCAAGGCUUUGCAACGGUCGUGUCCGCAUCACAACAUUGAAAAGUGGUUCUUGGUUCAGAUUUUCUAUCAUGGUUAUGAUUUUCUUGCCAAUUUAGCUGCCAACCAUUACAGCACCACCAGAUCCACAUCUAAGAAGGGAAAAUUAGAUGUCGAUGCUUAUGCUCUAUUGUCCUCACAAGUGGCAGCCUUGAACCUGAAGAUCGAUUCUUUGAAGGCUCCUCAGUCUAGUACUCCCCCAAUGAGUAUCAAUGCUAUGUCUAGUGUAGCUCCAGUGACAACUUCUUACUGCGAAGUAUGUGGCAUCCAAGGUCACUUUGGUCAUGAGUGCUCUUAUAGUUUACAGGAUACUACGCAAUUGGAGCAAAAUCCUCCGCCCCAACAACAAUGGUCGCAACCACAGUUCCAUCCACCUCAGGCACAUGUUGCUAGGCCUCCAUUUCCACAAGGAGCCUCACAUAAUGCUCCCCCGGGGUUUAAUAGGCCCCCGCACCAAGGCUAUCAACAACAAGCCCCUCAGACCAGUGCUACUCCAGAGCCUAACAUGGGUGAUCUGUAUAAGCUCAUUGCAAAUAUGCAGAAGACCGCAGAGAUAUCCCAAAAGAACCAUGAUGAGAGCAUCAAAGAGUUGAAGAAUCAGAAUAGAAUGUUGGAGAAUCAAGUUGCUCAACUUGCUGACACUCUAUCUCAAAGGCAACCGGGUACACUACCAGGGCAACCUACCCCGCCCCAGAACAGAGAAAGUGCCAAUGCUAUCACUCUUAGAAGUGGCACUAAAUAUAAUGGACCCCCGAUGCCCACUGAUGAUGCAACUCUUGCUAAGGGGAACACAGAUGGACCAGAGAAAGCAAUUGAUGUAGAACCUCAAGUCUCGAAAGUCGAAAAUGCUGAUGACGUUCGCGCAAAUAAGGGGAAGGAGAAGAUCUCUGAUUCUCUCCCUAUUGUGCCUAAGCUUCCUUUCCCUCACCGGAUGCAGAAAACUAAGGUCGAUCAAUAG